AGAUUUAAACAACAUUGAAUUUUUAGGAGGGUGAAGAUGAAUACUUCAAUGAUGACGAUGAGCAGCAAGAUAAUAGACAAAAGCAACGUGAUAUUUUGGCUGGAUGUCCAUUUUUAUCAGAAGAAGAGAAGCAGGACAUGAUCAAAAAACAAGAAGAAGAAGAAAGUGAAGAAGAAGAUCCUCUUGAUGCAUUCAUGGCUAACAUUGAAAAUGAGGUCAAAAAGCAGGACAAAAAGGAUUCCGUACAAAAGCGAGAUACAAUCAAAGGUGUCAGAGAUGAUUUAGAGACAAUGGAUGAUGAAGAAUCCUAUUAUAAAUAUAUUGAAGAAAAUCCUGAUGCAGGGAAAAUGUUUCUGGAUGCUGAUGACCCAGUUGAAUAUGAUGAAGAUGGAAAUCCAAUCCCUGGAACACAGAAAGAUAGAAAGAUGAUUGAUCCAUUACCAAUGAUUUAUCACUCUGAAAUUGAGUAUAAAACUUUUGAGAAAAACUUUUAUGUUGAGCAUGAUAAUAUUAAAAGACUCACAGAUUCAGAAGUUUCCAUGUUACGAGGGAAACUUGGGAUCCAAGUUUCCGGUUUCUUUCCACCCAAGCCUGUAACAAGUUUUGCUCAUUUCGGAUUUGAUGAAAAAUUGAUGAAAGUAAUAAGGAAAAUGGAAUAUACUUCACCCACGCCAAUUCAAGCUCAAGGCACACCAAGUGCAUUAUCAGGCAGGGAUGUAAUUGGUAUUGCCAAAACUGGUUCUGGUAAAACAGCGGCUUUUGUUUGGCCCAUGUUGUCUCAUGUACUGGAUCAACCUGUACUUGAAGAAGGUGAUGGACCAAUUGCACUUAUUGUGGCACCAACAAGAGAACUUUGUCAACAGAUACAUGCUGAAGUAAAAAGAUUUGGCAAGAUUUAUGGAGUAAGAUCAACAGCCUGUUAUGGUGGUGGUAGUAUGUGGGAACAACAAAAAUCACUUGCCGAAGGAUCAGAGAUUGUAGUUGCAACUCCUGGUAGAAUUAUCGACCAUGUUCAGAAGAAUUACACUAACAUGCGAAGAGUAACUUACCUCGUAUUUGAUGAAGCAGAUAGGAUGUUUGAAAUGGGUUUUGAAUAUCAGGUUCGAUCGAUUGCAAAUAACAUAAGACCAGACCGCCAAACUCUACUUUUCAGUGCUACGUUUAAGAGAAGAAUUGAGAAACUAGCACGAGAUAUAUUGUGUGACCCAGUUAGGAUAGUUCAAGGUGAUGUUGGUGAAGCAAAUCAAGAUGUAUUGCAGAUUGUUGAAGUUUUGCCUAAUCUGGAUGCAAAAUGGCACUGGCUCACACGUAAAAUCGUUCAAUUAACAAGUCAAGGAAGUUUAUUGAUAUUUGUCACAAAGAAGGUUAAUGCUGAGGAUAUUUCAAAUAAAAUGAAGCAGAAAGGAUAUGAUGUUUGUUUACUACAUGGUGAUAUGAAUCAAUUUGAUAGAAAUAAAGUAAUUGGCGAGUUCAAGAAACAGCAGGUAUCAACAAUGGUCGCCACUGAUGUUGCAGCAAGAGGUCUAGAUAUUCCAUCAAUUAAAAAUGUCAUAAAUUAUGAUGUUGCCAGAGAUAUAGACACUCAUACACACAGGAUCGGACGAACUGGUCGGGCAGGAGAGAAGGGAACGGCAUAUACGUUAAUUACAUCCACGGAUGUAUAUUUCGCUGGUGAUCUUGUUAGAAAUCUUGAAGGUGCAAACCAGCGUGUACCUGAAGCAUUAAUGAACCUUGCUGUACAAAAUGCAAGGUUCAGGAAGUCGAGAUACAAACAUGGGAAAGGAAAAGGAUUCGUUGCAAAGGAGAGACCAGGGUUAGGAUCAACAGCACCAAUAAAGAGGCAUAGCUCUAAUUCAAGUGCUCCUACAAUGACAACUGCAGCUUUCCGCCAGGCAAGCAGAGGAAGAGGAGGAGUUAUGGGUGGAAGGGCAGCUUCUAUGAAGGACUAUUUUCAGAACCAAUACAAAAGCAACUUCAUAAAAAGUUCUGAGCCAGAAACUUCAUGGAAAGCAGGUGGUUUUAAAGCACCUCUCGAAACAAGUAGUUCUUCAGGACAGAAAAGGAAAAAGAAGAGUCGAUGGGAUUCGUGAUCAAACCCAUUUAUCGUCGAAAAACAUAUAUUGUCAGGUCUCGUUGAAGACUGGCGGGACUAAAGUUCUGCUUCGAAGAUCAAUCCUGCUGCAGGCCGAGUUGGUGGAAAGCAAAUAACACAAUGUGCUGCUAAUCCUUUAUUAAAGGAGUUAUCCAUUUCUUUUGCUUUAGUUUAUAUUUAAUGAUGAAUUUGAAAAAAAAAUUAUUGAGAAAGUAAUA